UUUUGAUGACUGAGAUAAACCUUGAUGGAUAGCAGGCAGAAUUCAGCCUUAUUAACCCCCCACUCCUAAUGACGCAGACACUGAGCUUGAGGGCCAAAUCUGGACAGUUUGCAAUUAAAUGUUUAUUGGACAGUCUAUCUCCAUCCUGUCUGCUAUAAGAUACAAACAAGCCUCUCUAUGCUGAAGAACAUUAUUGCAGCCAGGUGAUCACAAGGUUUCCCCUUUCACCAUGAUGGAAUGUGCUCCUUGUAAAUGGCUGAAUGAGAAGAGGGAAUCCCGGCAGCUAGUCCUUGUGGUGGUUUCUGUGGCUCUUCUCUUGGAUAAUAUGCUUUUUACAGUUGUGGUUCCAAUUAUUCCAAGCUUUCUUUAUAAGAAGGAGAUUACAAUUUCAAACAUCACCACAACAGAGCUGCAGUCCCCCACUUCUGCGUACGACUUCUCUUUCUUGUUUAACGCGUCACUGCACGAUGAGGCCACCAACUCAAGUAACAGGACGUGUGAAAAGAAAGACAUCGCUUUACACAGUGAAAAUGUCAAAGUGGGUCUUCUCUUUGCAUCCAAAGCCAUAGUACAGCUCCUAAUGAACCCUCUAGUGGGCUUGAUCACAAACAGGUUUGGGUUCGAUGCGCCAUUGUUUGCCGGAUUUGUCAUCUUGUUCCUCUCCACUCUCAUGUUUGCCUUCUCUGGGUCAUAUGUACUUCUCGUAGUGGCUCGGUCAAUACAGGGCAUUGGAUCUUCCUUCUCUUCUGUUGCAGGUCUGGGCCUACUGGCAAAUGUAUAUACAAAUGACUAUGAAAGAGGACGAGCUAUGGGAAUUGCAUUGACUGGGUUGGCAAUGGGGGUGCUUGCCGGGGCUCCCUUUGGUUCUGUUAUGUAUGAAUUUGUUGGAAAGGCAUCUCCAUUCCUGGUCCUUGCUGUGUUGGCUUUGAUGGACGGAGCUCUCCAGUUAUGUAUACUAAGGCCUUCCAAAUUCUCUCCACCAACUGCUGUGCCAACACCUUACCAUGAGCUACUCAGAGAUCCAUAUAUUUUAGUGGCUGCAGCCUCUCUUUGGAUUUCCAAUAUGGCCGUUGGCAUGCUGGAGCCCACCCUGCCUAUUUGGAUGAUGGAAACUAUGUGUUCCCCAGACUGGCAGCUUGGGGUAGCCUUUUUGCCGUCAAGUGUGGCGUACCUCAUUUGUACGAAUCUUUUUGGGGUUUUAUCACACAAGAUGGGUCGGUGGCUGUGCUCGAUGCUGGGAAUGAUCCUGGUAGGAAUCGGACUUCUGUGCGUUCCAUUAGCUAGAAACAUCUAUGGACUAAUUGGACCCAAUGCCGCUAUAGGUGUUGCCCUUGGAAUGGUGGAUUCCUCCAUAAUGCCUAUCAUGGGGUAUCUAGUAGACCUGCGCCAUACCUCAGUCUAUGGUGGCAUAUAUGCCAUUUGUGACAUUGCUCUUUGUUUGGGAUUUGCCGUGGGACCCUCAUUAGCAGGAAUAAUUGCAUCCAAAAUUGGUUUCUCCUGGUUAAUGGUGAUCAUCGCAAUAUUAAACAUUUUGUUCGCUCCUCUUUGCAUCCUGCUACGCAGUCCACCAGCGAAAGAAGAGAAAGUGGCCAUCUUAACCCAAGAGUGUGCAAUGCAUACAAAGACUUACAUGACUCAGAGCAACUCAGUGCCGGACCUAAUCCUUUCAGACCAUAGUGAUGAGGAAUAUAGCUCUACAGUUAGCAGGACAAAGGGGACCUCACACUGACCUUCAAUGCACAUCACGUGGAACAUAGAGCUCCUUAAACUGUUGGCUGGUGCUCUGCUUCAUUUCCCACAUGUGAAAAAGCAAAGCCUUGCAUCACUCCACUAAUUACAACAGGACAGUCACUGUUAGGGCACUGCACCCUGCCCAAAGUAAAAAAAAAAAACUCUGCCAGGGGUAAUCUCUCGACAUCUUUAAUAAAUUUAUCUGAAAGGUACUGAAAAUGAAUUGAUUGCAUUAAAGCAAGGCUCGUGGUCACUGGUCUUUCAUUAGGAUUAUGUUUAAUUAAGGUAAUGCCCUAAAUGUAUGAAAAUUGUCUGCAAGACUUGUAGGUGUGUUUUGUACAUUUGUUUAUAUUAAAGGGGACCUGUCACCCAGACAUAAAAAACUGUAAAC